AUGAAGCGGCUUCUUAAGGAUGUCAUCAAAAGAGACAUUGAAGUAGGUGAUCAUCAUAGAGGGGAAAAAUUGAUAGAACAAAGUCUCUGUGAAGAAAAAGUUCUUAUUGUUCUUGAUGAUGUGGACAGUCAUGAACAGGUAGAUGCUUUGGCUAGUGCACUCAAUUGGUUUGGCCGAGGAAAGAGGGUCAUACCUACAACCAGAGACGAACAUAUUUUGAAUGUGAUUAAAAUUGAUAAAGAUAAAAUAUAUAGCCCUCAAGAGCUAGAUCAUAAAAAUUCUCUUCAACUAUUUCGUUUGCAUGCCUUUUCAAGGGAUCCACCUCCUGAAGAUUAUAUGAAAAUUUCACAUGUGGAAUGUUAUUCGGGAGGGUGGCCUUUAACUUUAGAGGUGUUGGGGUCUUACCUAAUGGAUAUAAGCGGCAAAGAAAAAUGGGAAAGUACAUUACAAAAAUUGAAAGAAAUUCCUCUUGAAAAAGUCCAAAGAAGGUUAAGCUAUGAUAAUCUAGAAGAUGAUUAUCUAAAGACUAUAUUUCUUGAUGCUGCAUAUUUUUUCAUUGGAUAG